AAAUAGUAGAACUUCAAUUUCGCAAAUGGCAAAGGGUUCAAAGGUUAAGAGCCGCAAAGGCCAUUCAAAGGCCAAAUCUACGAGACGUGCUCAGAAUGCUUUUGAAAUUGCUAGUGCUCAAGAGAGAGCAAAACAUGGUGAUUUAGAUAGCGAUGAUGAUGAUGGUGCCAUUGUUAACCCAACGAGAGGAUCUGAUGAUGAAGGUGAGGAUCAAGAAUUCGAAGAUGAAGAGUUGGAUUCUGAUGAGGCACUAGGAUCAGAUGACGAUUUUGAUGUUUUAAGCUCCAAAUUCUCUCAGACUCUUAGAGACAAGGCAAAGUCAAAGAAGAAAUCAGGUACGAAGCAUCAAUCUGAUGGACAAGAAGAAGAAGAAGAAGAAGAAGGCUAUAACAGUAUAGACGAAUCUGAGCUGGUUCCAUUAUCUGCAGUUUGGGACUUGGAUGAAAAGGACCGGAAAAAGUCUUCUGGAAAGGACAUCGUUUUAAAUGACGAUUGGGAAACCGAAUCUUCACAAGAGAGUGAAGACGACUCUGAAAGUGAAGAGGAUGAUGACGAUGAAGAAGAGUUCCCAUUUGAACAAGGUGAAAGCGAUGAAGAUGAAGUUGAGCUGACACAGUUGAAGAAACAACUGCAAAAGGGUGACAAAAGAGGGAAAAAACAGUACCAAGAUCUAAAUAUCGAAGAGAACGAACUUGCACUGCCAGGUGGAGGUGAUGCCAUCACGCUUACAGAUAUGAUUUCCAUCGUUGAUAAGGAUGCUUCGAAAAAUGCAAUCUUGAUUGAUAAGGAGGAAACUGAAACAAGUGGUAAAUCCCUAGACGUUCCCUUGCCAAAGAGAAUUCAACAAAGACAUGAGCGUAAAGCAGCUUAUCAAAUCUCUAAGGAUGAGGUGAAUAAGUGGAAGGAUACUGUGAAACAGAACAGAAACGCAGAAGUGCUAUCCUUCCCGCUGAAUCCGAAGGUUCAACAUAACGAGGCCUCUUCUUUCGCUUCAACGCCAGCGAUGACAGAUAUGGAGAAGAAGAUCAACGGAUUACUCACUGAGUCCGCAUUACUCAACGAAAACCAAGAGGCUACCUUUGAAGAGAUUCAAACUGCCAAGAUGUCACCUGAAGAGGUCAGAAAGAGAACUGCUGAAUUGAGAAAGAUGAGGGAACUUAUGUUCAGACAAGAGAGAGAAGCUAAAAGAUUGAAAAAGAUCAAGUCUAAGAGCUUCCGUAGAAUCAAGAAGAAGGAGAUGCUCAAGAAUAAAGAGAUGAUUGACGGCUCAAGUGAUGACGAAGAUCACGAUGCUAAACGUGCUGAGGAGAGAAUGUCCUUGAAACAUAAAAACAACGCUUAUGCCAAGUCUCUUGUGAGAUCAGGACUGAGUAAAGAUGGUGAAGCCAGAGAGGAAAUGGAGGAGAUGUUGAGACGUGGUGAAAGACUUAAGGCCAAGAUCUUGGAUCGUGAAGAUGAAGAUGAAGAGUUUGGUGACAUGAACAACCUCGAUUUGGAUAAGGAAGUUGACGAAUCAAGUGACUCUGAACUCCGUGACAAGUUGGGCAAAACUGGUGUUAUGAACAUGGCAUUCAUGAAGAAUGCAGAAGCUCGUGAAAGAACUGCGAAUGCAGAGGAAAGAGCUCGUCUACAAAAAUUGAAUGCCACUGGGGAUUUAGAACAAUUUCAAGAGGAUGAAGUAAACUCUGUAAAUAUCUCUAUAAAUCCUGGAAGAAGAGUUUAUACACCAGGUGCUGGUGUUUCCAAGGCUGAAAUUUCACGUGUGAAUAAGCAAGUUGUUGAGGAGGAAGCUAUUGAUAGCUCUAAGAGUCUCCCGAAUAGACUUGUGAAAGCACAUGAGGGUAAAUCCAAGAAGGUGUCACCCGAAUCUGAACAAGAAGGUGAUGAUGACGAUGAAAUACCAUGGAUGGCAAAGGAUGACAAGCAGGUACAAAAGAGUAGAAAGGUGAAAGUCAUUGACUCCAAUUCUUCCAAGUUGGAGAAGAGUGGGAAUAAGAUUAGCAAACAACAGAAGAAGCGUAAAGCAAAUGAGAUGGAUGCAGAUGAUGAGAUCCUGGAGAUGGAUGGUGUCAUGAAACUCGUUGAUCCACAUGGAGAAGAUUCUGGAAAAGAGGAAGAGGAUGAGUCUCAAGUUCGUAUGUUCAAACAGACCGAUAUGAUGAAACAGGCAUUUGCUGGCGAUGAAGAUGUCAUUGCGGAGUUCAAUGCCGAGAAGCGUAAGAUUGUUGAAGAUGAGGGAGAUCAGGUUGAAGACUUGACACUGCCUGGCUGGGGUGAUUGGGUAGGUGGUAACCAUAAAACGAAAAAGAACAAAGUUCUCAAGAAGAAGAAGGGAAUAGUCGAUGCCAAUAACCGUAAGGACAGGUUCAAGCAAAAUGUUAUCAUCAACGAAAAGGUGAACAAGAAGAAUGCCAAAUACCAGGCACAAAAUGUUCCAUUCACAUUUGAAACCAAGGAUCAAUACGAGAGAAGUUUAAGAAUGCCUAUUGGACAAGAAUGGACUUCUAGAGAGACGCAUCAAAGACUUACAAUGCCAAAGAUCACUACAAAGCGUGGUGUUGUUAUAGAUCCAUUAAAAGCACCUUUCAAAUAGAAAGAAAUGAAAAGGAGA